AUGCCUCUUCAUCUCCUCGGUAAAAAGUCAUGGAACGUCUACAACGUCGAGAAUAUCGAGCGCGUCAGGCGCGACGAGGCGCAAGCAAAAGCCCGCGAGGAAGAAGAUGAACGUAUCAUGCAAGAGGUCGAUGCCGAACGCAGGAUUAAAAUUCUUCGCGGCGAACACAGAAAGUCCGCCAGCGACGCCGGAGGAUUCCGCAAGAGAAGACGGGUUGCCGGAGAAGAUGAUACGGAUCGGGAUAUACGAUACGCUCGGGAGGAUGCGGCACAAGCCGUUGCUAAGCGGGAAGAGUUGAUGCUCGCCUCUCGCAAGACCGAUACAGCAGAAGUACCGAUUCUAGACAAGGCCGGCCAUAUCAACUUGUUUCCAGUCGCAACUGCUAAGACACAGAAGAACCCCGAAGCAGAGGCUGAGGCGGCACGGAAGAAACGCAGCUAUGAAGACCAAUACACAAUGAGGUUCUCCAACGCCGCGGGCUUCAAGGAGACCAUUAGUCGAAAACCGUGGUAUUCCUCCGCAGAACAAAAUGCAACAGCGCCAGGUUCGAUGCCCGAGAAAGAUGUGUGGGGUAAUGAUGACCCAAGGCGCAAGGAAAGGACACAGGCUCGUCUGAGUGUAGAUGACCCACUUGCGGCCAUCAAGCGGGGUGUGCGUCAGUUGAAAACAACAGAGCAGGAACGGAAACGGUGGAAUGAUGAAAAGCGAAGAGAGCUCGAAGCUCUAAAAGCUGAGGAGGUGCGGCGGUCAGGCCAUCGGCGGAGGCGGUCCCCGUCAGUGGACAGCCUUGAUGGGUUCAAACUGGAUGCGCCAGACAGAGAACGCGACAAGAACCGAAGAAGUUCUGACAGGCAUCAUCGCCGCCAUCGAGAUCAUAGUCGAGAUCGAUCCCAUCAUCGCUCUCAUCACCACUCCUCUCAUCGCAGUCAUCGUCAUGGUCAUGACAGACGUUCUGAGGGUCCCAUGCGGGAAAAAUCAUCUUGA